AUGAUUGCAUGUUGUGUGGCGUUAGGGAAACUUUUGACAAAUGCACUCAAACUGUUUUAUAAUAAUGAGAAGGAAAGUUGUUGUAAUUAUCAGAUCAUGAUCAAAUCAACCAGUGAUUUCUCAUUCGCUAAUUUACAAUAUAUCUACCCUCCUGAGGAAGUGUUGAAUAAUGUUGAAGGAAGUGUUGAAUAUGUCUAUUUAAAACUUUCAUUCAAUCAAUUCUUCAUAUGUUAUGAUCGAACCUUGCUGAUAUAUUCAUCAAGUUUAGUUUCUGGUUUCACUUACAUUUACAUCGAUGAGAUCGGCAUUUCAAAAUUGAUUGAAUGA